AUGCUGCGCCAGUUGAGGGGAGUGGCCGCCGAGACUGUGAUUCCUCUGCGCCUCGCUGGCGGUGCUUUCCACGUAUGGUCCCAGCUGCCGGCGGCCAGUCGCUGCUCGCUGACGGCCGUGAGAGACGCCCUCCAGGCGGCGUUUGCUCUCGAUGAGUACGCCGCCUAUGAAGCGUUCGCCGCUCGGCGACUGAUGCCAGGAGAGUCGGCGGACGUAUUCCUCGCUGACCUCCGCCGGCUGGCGGCGCUGUUCGGAGGAGUGCCGGAGCGAGCGCUGGCAUGCGCAUUCGUGGCAGGCCUGCCGGACAGCGUCCGGCAGAUGAUCCGUGCUGGCUGCCGGGCAGAUGGACUGGACCUGUCGUCGGUGCUGGCGCGCGCUCGCGCUGUACUGACCGACGAGCGGCUCUCCGCAGCAGCAGCAGCGGCGCGUCGGACUGUGCCGCCGCCGGCUAGCCACCCACCUGCGGCGCCUGGUCCCGGCCAGCCGCCGUGGAGACGACGGGUGGUGCGCGUCACCACGAUCAGCGGCGACGACCUGAAAUGCAGCGGCAUUGGCAGUGUAACGGUCGAGGCGCCGACGGGCCAUCGUGCCGCGCUUGAAACGCUGGUGGUGGAGGAGCGGCCGCUCGGCGUGGAUAUGGUGCUCGGGGUCAGCGGUAUCUCGGCUCUCGGGGGCGUGACGGUGCUGUCCCCCUCUGUGGUGCGGUUCUGUGGAGCAGUGUGCCGUGCGCCGCCAGACAUUGAGACGCCGGACUUCCGGGUGCAGUUCAACGCGGCUGACCGGAAGUGGUCGGUUGCAUGGAAAUGGUCUGAUGGGAUAGGACCCCAGUGCCUCACGAACGCUGUGCCGCAGUAUGCUGUGCCGCCCGCCGCUCGUCACGAGUUCGAGACAGAACUUGACGACUGGAUAGAGCGGGAGUGGCUCGUGCCGUAUGACGAGCGGCGGCAGGGGCCGCCGAAAGGGUUGGUGCCGCUAAUGGCUGUGGAGCAGCGCAAUCGGGGGAAAGUUCGACCGGUGCUGGACUACCGGGAACUGAAUGACUUUGUGCAGGCUCACACAGCUGACAGCGACGUGUGCGCGGAACAGCUCCGCAAGUGGCGCCGGCACGGCGCAAAUGUGGCGGUCGUGGACCUGAAGCGUGCCUACCUCCAGCUGCACCUGGAGGAGCGACUCUGGCCGUUUCAGACAGUGAUGGUGCGGGGGCAGCGAUUCUGCUUGACCCGCCUAGGUUUUGGUUUGAAUAUCGCGCCCCUCGUGAUGAAGGCUGUCGUGCGUGCUGUGCUCGAUCAGGACCCCGACAUCGGGCGUGCCGUCCUCCCAUAUGUGGACGAUCUCCUUGUAAAUGAGGACAUUGUCAGUGCCGAGCGCGUGGUGGCGCAUUUCGCGCAGUUUGGGCUGGACUGUAAGCCGCCGGAGCGGGCGGCCAGUGGAGCGCGGCUCCUGGGCCUGCGGGUGCAUGAGGAGAACGGACAGCUGCGGUGGAAGCGGGACAAUGCCAUGGACUGUAUCGCGAGUCGCCUCGCCAGUGACGACCCGGCCCGUGGCGUGUGGUGUGUCGACGGGGACGAGGUGGUCGCCUGGACAGACGCCAGCUCGCUGGCCACCGGAGUGGUCCUGGAAAACACAGACGGUGAGGUGAUCGAGGACGCAUGCUGGCUCAGCUGGUCAUCGAGCUGGAGCUCCGUCUGA